ACAUUCGGCCGUCCAUUCCACCCUCCCUUCUUUAAUCGCGUACGUCCGUUUCCCAAAACCAAUGCCGGCCUCACGAUCAAUUCGGAUCCAACGGCCUGUUUCGAGUUACUAGAACUUUCUUCUCUUUCCUCGACCCGUCGCCCUUGCCCUUUUUAUUUCCCAUCAUCACAGAGCUUGUGUCGUACUCGUGCCAGUCUCAAUUCCCGACCUUGUUCAUCGCUCAUUUCACUUCCAUCUGCUCUCCUCUCAACAGACUCUACCGACGACAAUGACGAAGAACUACCCAACCGUGAGCGAGGACUACAAGAAGUCCGUCGAGAAGGCCAAGAAGAAGCUAAGAGGCCUGAUCGCCGAGAAGAACUGCGCUCCUCUCAUGCUCCGUCUCGCAUGGCACUCAGCAGGGACCUUCGAUGUGAAGUCAAAGACUGGUGGCCCAUACGGUACCAUGAGGUACGCUGCCGAACUGGCCCAUGGAGCCAACAAUGGGCUGGAUAUUGCUGUGAGACUCCUUGAGCCCAUCAAGGAGCAGUUCCCUAACAUCACCUACGCUGAUUUCUAUCAGCUUGCUGGUGUUGUUGCCGUCGAGAUCACUGGAGGACCUGAAGUUCCAUUCCACCCUGGCAGAGAGGUCAGUAACUAUUACGUGUAUGAUUGUUUUGCUAUAUUGUCUUUAAUGGUGAACCCGGGGAUUCGCUGCCAUUUUAACUCUUGUGGUAAGAGUCGCUUGCUUAUUAAUGUCGUGGUACUCUCUGGUGACAAUUUCCUGUUAUGUAACCGUCGUUCGGUUGGUGUUGCUCUGGGGCUGAUUUCUCAAUGAAUCUUGGUCUAGAUAGCUUCAAUGUGUGGGUGGUAGUUGUGUGAAGAAGUGAUAGUGUCAUUGAGUGAGAGGUGGUUCCUUUUUAUGGCAGUUUAGAUCACUAUUUGUGCAGAAAUGUUACUUAAUCACCAAUCUGCUUCGUUAUCACUGUAUACAAAAUGUAAAAUGUUUUUUUGGCGCCUAUUCUGUAAUCUUAUGCACCAAGUGAGAUUUUCUAGUGUUUAUGCCGAACCAUAGUAUCAUGCAAGAGUAGUUUGAAUAGUCAAGUCUUGAACUCAAUUGCUACAGAGUCUAGUGUAAAUGCCAAAAAUCCUUUAGUUCUUUGCCAACUUGUAUUCUCGUAUCUGUUCCUGAUUGAGUGACCUUCUGCGAGAGCUUUAUGACUGGAAGUAGUUGUGAGGGUUCUUGUAUCAUUUGCGGAAACUGUCUUAGUGUGUUUUUCUGUCUUGGUUUAUGCUAUAAUUGCUCAUGUGAACUAAAGUUUGGGACCAUUAAACUUUCUUAUCUACAGGACAAGCCGCAGCCACCACCAGAGGGCCGUCUCCCCGAUGCCACCAAGGGAUCUGACCACCUGAGAGAUGUCUUCGGCACCAUGGGUCUAAGCGAUCAAGAUAUUGUUGCUCUAUCUGGUGGCCACACUCUGGGAAGGUGCCACAAGGAGCGAUCUGGGUUUGAAGGACCCUGGACUGCCAACCCUCUUAUCUUUGAUAACAGCUACUUCAAGGAGCUCCUGAGCGGAGAGAAGGAAGGACUCCUACAGUUGCCGACCGACAAGGCACUGCUCUCUGAUCCCGUCUUCCGCCCCCUUGUUGAGAAAUAUGCUGCGGACGAGGACGCUUUCUUUGCCGACUAUUCUGAAGCUCAUCUGAAGCUGUCCGAGCUUGGAUUCGCUGAGGCUUGAGCUGUUAGCGAUUUGGUGGAUGGUGUAGUGGAUGGUGCCAAACAAUCUGGGUGCGGGUUUUAGUAGAGGUUUUGAGGGUGGUUUUGAUGAAUCUAGUGGGCUCUUUUGGGUCUCCUUAGUUUCGGAUGUGAGCUGUCUCCAUGGAAACAUUAUGUCCUUAUUGAAGACACUCUUGUUUGGUACCAAUCGUUUUAGACUUGAAUAACAACAAUAUUCGCAUUAGCCUAGUUCAUUCCGAAACUAUUGUAAUAUUUUCUUCCGUUGUUUCGUCUUAUUCAUAUCCUGUCAUUGUUGCGAGACGGAACUAGGCAAGACUAGUUGGGUUUGGCAUUGUUAUCGGAUCGGUCCCAAUCCAGGGGAGGCGGUAUCUUUUCUUUGUUAAUUGCACGCGCAUUUCGAUCGUGCUGUUUUUUCUUCCUUAUCGUAUGGUUGCUGCCGGCCAGGCCUUCGUAGUGAGGUACGAGCCACUUUGUUGCCAAGAAGAGAGUGAGAGAGUGCAGGUGGUGAAGUUCUAAUUAGAUUUACUCAGGGCAUAGCUUUCUGGUUGUUUGGUAUUUAAGCGCCCAUGCAUUUGAAUGUUGUUCGUCGAGUACAUUGCGUCCUUGUGCUUUACUCUCUACUCAAUGAACGAUGGGUACAUCACUACAUCUACUGAUCUACAUGGACUCAAAUAUGGGAUACUUGCAAAGAAAGUAGUGUGAAUGGCUUCAGAUGAUCUCGUCGCACUUCUUUCAUCAGUAAAAUAGUUAAAAAACACUGCUUCAAACUUUCACUUCUCUAAUUUCGUUGAAAUAUAUGUAUGCAAUUUAAGAACGCUAAUUCCCUC